AUGGAUAUUAAGAAAUCAUUGUCAAAGCAAGAAGAAAUUGAAGAAAUCAAACCCAUUGAUGAACCCGUUGAUGCCUCUUUCUUGAUUACAUGGGACUCUCCAACUGAUUCCAAGAAUCCAAAAAACUGGCCCUACUCCAGAAGAUGGAUGCAGCUAGUUAUCGUUUCUGUGUUCGCUCUAUUGGGGCCCAUGGCAUCAUCAAUGGUGGCUCCCUGUCUCGACCAAAUUGCUGAACGCUUUCAUGUUGAAAACUCAACAGAGAAAGCCCUGAUCCUCAGUAUAUACUUGCUGGUUUUUGCAGUUUCACCCAUGAUAAGCGCUCCCCUAUCCGAAAUAUUUGGUCGUCGAAUCUUACUACAAGCAGGAAAUGUCAUUUUUAUUGUUUUUAAUAUGGCUUGUGGACUGGCAAAAACCAAAGCUCAAAUGUACAUUUUUCGGUUUUUAGCCGGCUUUGGUAGUGCAACACCAAUGGGUUUAGGGAGCGGAACAAUAAGCGAUCUCUUCACUCCAGAAGAAAGAGGAAGAGCUGUCGCAGUCAUGUCUCUGGCUCCUUUGUUGGGUCCCACUAUAGGGCCAGUCAUUAGUGGAUUUAUCGCUGAAUAUACAACUUACAAAUGGAUCUUUUGGUCAACUACCAUUUUCAGUGGGUUUGUAUUUGCUCUCUCCAUACCCUUUUUAACGGAAACGUAUCCCAAAACCUUGUUGGGACGCAAAGCAAGAAAGCUUAAUAAAAAAGAGAACACCCUGAAAUACCAUACAGAAUGGCGCUUGGAGCACAUUCCUCAGCGGAAACUUGUCGCUCCUGCCUUAAUGCGACCAUUAAAAAUGUUGACAACACAACCUGUGGUAAUUUUAUGUGCAGGAUAUAUGGCUAUUCAAUACGGUAUUCUUUAUCUUGUACUAACAACUUAUCCUGUUUUGUGGACGCAUGAUUAUCAUGAGCGUUCCUCCAUUGCUGGUUUACAUUAUAUAGCUCCGGGUCUUGGUUUAAUUUUAGGUAGUCAAGCAUCUGGCGUUUUCAUCGACAAGACCUUUCGUUUUCUGAAAAUGAGAAACAACGGAAAGAUGGCUCCAGAAUUUCGCGUCCCGGUUAUUUUAUUAGGUACUAUGUUUUUCCCAACGGGCCUGAUUGUUUAUGGAUGGACUGCCAAGUACCAUACUCAUUGGAUUGGUCCUGAUAUUGGCGCCGCAAUGUUUAAUGUUGGUCUCAUGUUGGGUUGGCGUGGUAUUCAAACUUAUUUAAUUGAUACCUUUAUAAUUUAUGCUGCAUCGUCAACUGCAGUUGCCUGUUGCAUUCGCUCUCUUGCAGCGUUCGGUUUUCCAUUAUUUGGACAAACUCUUUACGAUCGUUUAGGCUACGGAUGGGGAAACUCGCUCUUAGCUUUUAUCGUUUUGGGAUCUUCUAUCAUAACCUGUUCCGUCCUUUGGUUUGGAGGAAAGGGACUUCGAACAAAGUCCAAUAUGGUUGUCUUCAAGGAUGAAUAA